ACCCAAGACGGUUUCGACUUUCGACGACUUUGAAGUGAUUGCGUUCGUCUCCGACUCUCCGUCAUUGGUGCCAUCUUUUGUUGUGUUGCGUGGGGAUAGAGAAAUUUGUCCCAAAAAAAAAAAAACAGAAAACUAGGAGAUCCUGCAUCAAUUCACAGGUGCGCCGUUACUGAGCUGUUGCCAUUCGAAUUUCCCAAGGCCGCCGAUUGUUGCCGUUCGGUUGCUUUGGCAUGCAGUAAUUUGUGGUAGGGGAUUUAGGUUUUCGUUUUUUGUUUUUUUGUGCUGAUGAACAUCAGGGCCGUUGUAUCUAUGUAUUUUGUUCUUGAGGGUUGACUAGAUCGCGUCAUAAGUAAAGCCAUGAAAGGGCGCUCGCACCGCCUGCAGAGUUCGGACCCUCCCGACGACUGGAUUGAUGGUUCCUGGACUGUGGAUUGCGUAUGCGGUGUGAAUUUUGACGAUGGGGAAGAGAUGGUGAAUUGUGACGAGUGCGGUGUGUGGGUGCACACGCGUUGCUCGCGGUAUGUCAAAGGAGAUGAUAUGUUUGCAUGCGAUAAGUGCAAGAGCAAGAUUAAUCGAUCUGAUACGGAGGAAACGGAGGUGGCCCAAUUGUUAGCCGAGCUCCCUACAAAGACCGUGAGAAUGGAGAAUUCAUUUGCACCCAUCGGAGCUCCUCGGCGUCCUUUCAAGCUUUGGACUGACAUACCUAUGGAGGAGAGGGUGCACAUUCAAGGAAUUCCAGGUGGCGAUCCUUCACUGUUUGGUGGGCUAUCGUCUAUCUAUAGCCGGCAGCUAUGGAAAUGCACUGGGUAUGUUCCCAAAAAGUUUAAUUUUCAGUAUAGGGAAUUUCCCUGCUGGGAUGAGAAUUCCGCUAGGGAGGAGGAGAAUGAGAACCCUAUUAAUAAAGGGGCGGGAGUUCUAUUUUCCUUGUCAAAAGAGAGUAUAUCGGCCACCCCUAUUGCAACUUUAGUUGACAUGAGAGCUAGGGAGGGGGGAGAUGGUUCUAACCCGAAGAAGUUUUUGAAAGAGAUGAAAAAGUGUGAUAGUGAAGAUGCAGAAGCUAUAAGGCGUGCCCAGAACGGCAUGAAGAAGGAGAGAAGUUUGCUUCGGUCUGUUAUGCAUUCAGGUAAGCAGAAAAAAGAGGAGUUAGGAACAUCCAGAGAUCGCAGUGGGAAGAAGAGGAUCAAAACUUCCCACAAAGAGGUAGAUCCCAAGAGGAGAACUUCACAUACUUCGAAAACAGCAUUUACACCUACCAGUGAUGCAAAACAAUUGGAAUUUUAUGAAGACAGAGGUCUGAAGAAUUCCAAGACAGAUACCUGGAGCAUAAAGAACAAAACUUUGAGAGACAUUGUGGUUCAGGAACACGUUUCAAAUAAUUACUCUGCUGUGGAUACCAUUAUGGAGGAGCCAAAUAUCAACUCGGCAACUACUGAGGAUUCAUCAGAAGCCUUAUAUCCUGACAUGACAAGACAUAGUUUUUCAGUUGGACCAGAAAUAGCAGAAGAGAAAACUGAAAAUAAAGCUCCUUCUGUGGUUGAAAUUUCUUCCAGGACUGAUGAUAACAUUUCACCAUAUUUAAAGAAUAAUUCUGCCGGAAAUGCUUCAGUUAAAGAACAGGAGGGAGAUGGCCUGGCAGGUAAUAAUAAUGCAGAUGACAGUAUAAUAUUAAGAAGCACAAUAAGUCCUGCAGAAGAUGAUCUUGGUGGUCCUGCACCAGAACCCAAGGAUAACCAGGAUUCCAAAGAUUUUGACUAUGAAACGUGUGCUAGCUCAGGACAGAGCAAUUUUAAGGUGAAGGGAGAAGAGGAUAAUGAUAAUUCUGGGAAGCAUUUGGUUUCUCAUUCUUCUAGCAUGAGUGAUCUGAAAAGUGAUGAGAAACUGCCUAAACGCAACUCUGAUCAUGUUAAUGAUAGUGUGGUGAUCAAUUCAUCCGAUGCAAAUAAGGUGGAAGACAGUGACAGAAAAUCAGAAGCAAUCAUUGAUUGCCAUACCAAUAAUUCUGAGGAAUUAUCAUGUCAUUUUUGUCCUGUAAUACAAGAAAUGGCAGGUUCUGAAGUUCCCACAGAAACCCAAAAGGGUUUUUCAGGAAUAGAAGAUGGUUCUGGCUAUGCUGAAGAUCCAUCAAAAUCUGAAACUACAUUGUGUCCUCAUAAAAUGUUAUCAAGUCUUGGGAAGUCAUCUUUAAGUUCCUCAACUAUGAAUUCCAAAAUUCCUGCUAGUGACCAAAAAUCUGAACAGACCGAAAUUCCUAAUCCUCUUGUCAAGCAUGGAGUAAUGGCAGAUUGCAACAUGUACAAUAAGAAAGAAAGUAAUCAAAAUGAUAUUGUGAGGGAUGAAGUUCCAAGGAAGUCUCAAAAAGAACGUCUGAAAUCGUCUUCAAAUUCUAAUUUGAAAGCAAUGCAUUCAAGCAAAAGUGCACAAAAUUCUGUUUCAAGGCAAGUCAGUGCACAUUCAAAAGAUCUUGUGAAUGGUUCAUCUUCUAAGGCAUCUUUAGUUCAUCCAACUGGAACUAAUUUAGGCUCGAGUGAGUCUAAUGACUCAUUACUACACCAAAAAUCUUUACAAGCGCCAAAUAAGAUUUCAUCUUCGGUACCACAGAGAGGUGAAAAGAUUAAUCAGACAAACUCCCAACCUUCCUCUAAGGUGAACCAGAGUCACGUGCCAUCACCUUCACCAACAUCUAAUUCUCCUGCGAUGCUAAGUGAUGAGGAGCUUGCACUACUAUUGCAUCAAGAACUAAAUAGUUCUCCCCGAGUUCCUCGUGUACCCCGAGCACGUCAUGGGGGCAGCGUGCCACAGCUAACUUCUCCUAGCGGUGCAAGCAUACUAUCAAAGCGCACAUCAUCUGCCGGCGGAAAAGAUUAUUGUUUGUUUUCUAGACGAAAAUACAAAGAUGCAUCUAAAGAUGGGAUUUGCAGUUCUCGUGAGCUUGAGGAUGAAGCUAAAAGGAUAGAGAAUGCAUCAUCUUCCUUUGAUCAGAAGAAUAAAGAUAUGGAAUGUGUGGAAGAUGCUUCUGUAAUGGAAGAAGGCCACAUGUCCAUGACAACCAUAAAUUCUACAGCAAAGAAUGUUGCUCCUGCCUCUGCUGCCACUGCAAAUAGUAGUUCAGCCUCCCCUCCUGAGGAUCGAAAUUUGCCAUUUAUACGCAAUUCACCAAAAAAUACAUCUGAUGAAGAUUAUGGAACUGCUGGAAGGCCAGCCCAUCGCACUUUGAGGAACCAGCAUGAAUGGGCAAGGCUGGGUGAUCGUGGUCCAAAGACAAAUUCUACUAAGAAAAGGCGAAAGUUGGAUGAAGAAUCUGAUGAUAAUGUAACUGGCAAGGGCAGAACUGCAAAAGGGGGCGACGGGAAGAAUUUUGAGUUGCAGAAAGAAGAGUUCCCUAAAGGCAAGCGUAAAGCACGGAAGCGCAGGCGUCUGGCUCUUCAGGGAAUAGCAGUCAAGGAUGCCCGGAGAAGAAAGGCUGAUUUGCUAACUGAUGAUGAUGUUGGUCCAUUCUCCAAUUCUAGUGAGGAGACUGAGUUCAGCGAGGAUGAAAUUCAGGGCGGCCGAACGGGUCAAGUGGAUAGUGAGGCUUCUGCUAGCUCGGACGAGGCAGAUAGUGCCUAAUUUCAGGGUGGCCAAGUGCCUCCACAGGAUUGUCUCUGCGAGUGGAAGGAUUUUUAGUUGUUUUCAAUGAUAUGAAAUCCUCGGCCCUGUUGGGUUAACUCUGGUGUCCUCGGUCGGUGAUUGUAUUAAUACUAGGUGUAUAUAUGUCCUCCGGCAAUUGUGUGCCCUUGUCAUGCACGACGCAUAAGGAAAACCCAUUAGAUUCUGUGGAAUUUGUAAGCAACGUAGAAUAGGAUUCAGUUUGUGAGCUAUGACAGAAUGUAGGAUUGGAUUGUCAUCAGUAAUUUAAAUUUAGAAGCUUCAAUGUUGUUUCAUCUGGAA